AUGCCAGAUUACAAAGUAACAGUUUUUACCGGUAAUCUGUCUGGUACUUUUAACAAUGUGUACAUCCAACUCGUGGGUAAGAAAGACCAAAGUGAGCGCACCUGGCUUCCCUGGGCUGGGAACUUUCUUAUCGGAAAGAAAGCAGAUUUUAUAAUAACCUGUGCUGAGGACCUUGGGGACCUGACCCUGGUGAAAGUGGACAAGCAGUCCACGUUCCUGUUUCCAGUAGACCACUGGUUUGUGGACAAAGUGGAAGUGACGAGUCCAGAGGGAAAAGUCUUUAAGUUUCCCUUUUACCACUGGAUCAAAGAUGAAAAAGUUCACUAUUUCAGGGAGGGAAAAGCUGUGAAAAUCUUUGAAGAGACACAUCUUCUGAGUAAAUACGCAAGGGAGCAGGAGCUAAAGCACAGGAAUGAAGAAUACCGUUGGCAGGUUUACAAAGAGCGUUUGCCUCACUGCAUGAUCGCAGACGAUGCCUGUGCUCUGCCUCCUGAAGUCCAGUUCUCUUUCACAAAGGACAUUGAAUUCAAAUGGACUGUGAUACAAAUGCUUGUUGAGAUGAACCUGUCACAUCUGGAUGACUGUGAACAGCCUUGGACUGAUUUUGACUCCCUUUACCGAGUGUUCUGCUGCAACAAAACAGAUGCUGCAGAAUUUAUGCAGAAAAACUGGAGAGAAGAUGCUUUCUUUGGUUACCAGUUUCUGAAUGGACUCAACCCCAAGUUAAUCCGACUGUGCACCUCCUUGCCCAGUAACUUCCCCGUCACUGAUGACAUGGUCUCUCUGGAGGGCGGGGACAGUUUGACAGACGAGAUGAAGAAAGGCAACAUCUUCCUCUGUGACUACAAACUUUUGGAUGGAGUGAAGACCAAUAUUAUCAAUGGAGAAGUGCAGUAUCUGACAGCUCCUCUCGUCCUCCUUCACAAAACCCCUGAGGACAAGCUGAAGCCAGUCGCCAUCCAGCUCAAACAGACUCCAGCAGAAGACAACCCCAUUUUCUUCCCCACUGACCCAGAGUACGACUGGUUAAUGGCCAAGACCUUUGUGAGAAGUGCAGAUUUUCAUGACCAUGAGCUGAACGUGCACCUGCUGCGCACUCACCUGCUCGCUGAGGUCUUCACUGUGGCUUUACUGAGGAGCGUGCCCAGGGUGCACCCUCUGUACAAGCUUCUUGUUCCUCACACUCGAUACACUCUACAAAUCAAUAUGCUGGCCAGACAGAGGCUCAUCUCUCCAAAUGGAGCACUGACACUUAACUCAUCUUGUGGUGGAGAGGGCAUGAUCACCGUCCUGCAGAGAGCCCUGUCCUCUGUGACCUACAGCUCCCUCUGUAUCCCUGAGGAAAUCACAGAGAGAGGAGUGGAGUCUGUGCCCAACUACUACUACAGGGAUGAUGGACUCAGGCUUUGGGACAUCAUACACAGGUUUGUGAAUGGAGUGAUACGUCACUACUACAAGUCGGACAACGAGGUCCAAGCAGACUCUGAGCUGCAGAUGUAUAUCAAGGACAUUUUUGAGCAUGGCUUCCUGUCUAGAGCAGAAACAGGAAUCCCACAGAGCUUCAGUACUGUGGAAGAGGUGGUGAAGUUUGUCACUAUGGUCAUUUUCACCUCCUCAGCCCAGCACUCAGCUGUCAACAAUGGACAGCUGGACUUCGGUGCCUGGAUGCCCAACUUUCCAAGCUCCUUACAAAUGGCUCCACCGACCGUAAAGGGCCGAGCGAAUGAACACACCCUGCUGCAGACGCUGCCUGACGUCAACACCACCGUGCGCAUCAUUGGAGUUCUGAAGCUCCUCAGCACACAGUCCACCGAGUUUGUUUCUCUUGGCAGUUACCCCCAAGAACUUUUCACCGAGGACAAGAGCUGCCAGCUGAUGGAAGAUUUUGCAAAAGAGUUAAAAGCCUUGGAUGAAGAUAUUGACAACAGAAACAAAACUCUGCCGUUACCAUACACGUACAUGCAGCCCAAAAAAAUGGAAAACAGUGUGUCUCUCUAA